AUGGCUACCAUCAUUCUCGGAUCCCAAUGGGGCGUCGCGUAGGCAAAGGCAAGCUGACUGACAUUCUCUGCCCCUCGGCCGAGAUCUGCGCCCGCUCUGCUGGCGGUCACAAUGCCGGACACUCGAUCGUCGCCCAGGGCGUCUCGUACGACUUCCAUCUCCUGCCAUCGGGCCUCGUCAACCCGAAAUGCAUGAACCUGAUCGGCUCGGGCGUCGUCUUCCACGUCCCUUCCUUCUUCUCGGAGCUGGAGAAGCUCGAGGCCAAGGGCCUGGCGGGUGUGCGUGAUCGCAUCUUCGUCAGCGAUCGUUGCCAGGUCAACUUUGAUCUGCACGCCGCCGUUGACGGUCUCGAGGAGGUCGAGCUGGGCGAGCGCAAGAUUGGAACUACAGGAAGGGGUAUCGGGCCGAGCUACAGCACCAAGGCUUCUCGCAGCGGCGUGCGCAUCUCGGAAGUCUUUGACGAGGCUGUUUUCGAGAGGAAACUGCGCCAGCUUGCCGCCGGAUACAGGAAACGGUUUGGCGACCUGCUCAAAUACGAUGUUGAGGAGGAGAUUGCACGCUUCAAGGAAUACCGAAAAUUGCUGCCCAACUAUGUCGUCGACGCCGUAAAGUUCAUCAAGGACGCCCAGGACCAGAACCGCAAGAUCUUGAUCGAGGGUGCAAAUGCGCUCAUGCUUGAUAUUGACUAUGGCACGUACCCCUACGUCACCAGCAGCAACCCCUGUCUGGGAGGCAUCAUAACCGGUCUGGCAAUCAACCCAAGAAAAAUUGAGACAAUUGUCGGUGUCGUAAAGGCCUACACAACAAGAGUAGGUGACGGUAUCUUCAAAACGGAGGAUGAGGGCGAGAUCGGCACCAAGCUGCAAGAUAUAGGUCGAGAAUGGGGUGUCAGCACUGGCCGCAAGCGGCGAUGCGGCUGGCUUGAUCUUGUCGUGGUCAAAUACUCUGCUGCCAUUAACCACUACACCUCCCUGAACCUGACCAAGCUCGACGUUCUCGACACAUUCCCAACUCUGAAGGUUGCCGUCGCGUACAAGGAUCCCGCCACGGGCGAGGAGCUGGACUUCUUCCCCGCAGAUCUGUCGCUGCUCGAGCGCUGCGAGGUAGUCUACAAGGAGUUUGAGGGCUGGAACACGCCAACGACGCACAUAAAGAAGUUCGAGGAGCUGCCGGCACAAGCGAGACAAUACGUCGAAUUUAUUGAGCAGUAUGUUGGCGUAAAGGUCGGGUGGAUUGGUACGGGUCCUGACCGCGAGGAUAUGAUAUAUCGAUGA